UCUACUCUCAUUUGACGUAUACUCUAUGGUGUCAAAUUCCCAAAGGAAUCGUGGGGGAAAAAAAAAAAAAGAAAAAAUGAAUGUGCAACCCACAAAGUGCUGACCGACGAUUGUUCAGUAUUAACUAGGUGCGCGAACAAGCAACACCAAGGCAAGGUUCUAAUUGAACGUUGAACCAUCUAAUAGAAUAACUUAAGUUUGACGAGACAGAUAAUUUGAUCAGUAUUAAGUCAGAAAAUGAUUUAACCUGAUAAUGAUGUGAAAAUUAAUAACAUCUGUCUUUUUGUUAAAAAUCAAAAGUGAUAAUAAAUAUUACAAAUUAUAAUUACAAGUGUGAUGUUUUUAGAAGAUAUUCACAAAUAUCCAGGACUCUUUCAAAAUUAUCGGAAGGGUCCAACGAUUACAACUACUACAGAAUUAACAAAAAUCAACAUAAUCACUAUAACUCUUUCCGAAUAUACACAAAAUGCUGUCGACAUAUCAUUAGUUACUUUAGGUGCCUCUUUAAAUUUAUCAAUAAUCUUCAUUGUAGCCUUGAAUUCAUCUUUACGAGUAUCGACGAACUGUUACAUUAUCAGUUUGGUCGCUUCGAAUUUGGUAAUCAUGAUUGAGCCAUCACGAAGAAUUCUACGAUCCAUCUUCGAAUUAAAUAUUCCUAUGAAUCUCGACUACGUUUUUCAUGUUAGUUUCUAUUCGUCCGUAUUAACGAUCGUGAUUUUUAGUAUAGAGAAUUAUAUCUGUAUUUGCGAGCGACAGACAUCCAUAUAUGAAAACUUCACAAAACUAUCUAAUACAACGAAGAGAAUAGUUUUCAUUUGGUUGACAUCUAUCAUGAUCACAGCAAUGGAAUUACAUCUUUACGAUCAUUUCGAAAGAGACGACAUGCAUGAUAUAUUCGCAGCUUCGACAAUCAUGUUUAUGGUUCUACCAUUUUUAAUUCUUAUUCUGAUUUAUUGUGCGAUCAUUUACGAACUAUUAUCGAUCAAAUCGAUCGAAGGACAAUGGCGACCAAAAGAUCUGGAAAAUUUUCAUUUGUCAAUUCGUCUAUCCUGGGUAUUUUUUUUCACUAUGAUCCCAUAUAGAAUCGCAAAGGUAAUAACAGCGUUAAAUCCAAAUGCAAAGUGGUGUUGUUCGACGAAACAAAUGGAAAUUUUUUAUUUACUCAUUAAGAUAUUCCCUAUUGUAUCUACGAUCGUUUGUUACGUAACGUAUGAAAAAUUUCGUAAAGCUAUCUGUUUUAAAAUCAGGGCAAAUAAUGAAACUAUAAAUUAA